AUGGCUGACCUCCGCCCACCACCCACGCCAGUGGCCCUGAUUGUCGGAACCGCCAUCGUCGCCGGUAUCAGCGGUUACAUGAUCGGAAUCGCGUCCUCCCUGGGCUUUCUGCCAAUACCGUUCAUGCCCAAAGCAGCCAAACCAGCCAAAGCACGAGGGACAGCCAACUACGACGACGAAGAAGAGAGCUCAGAGGAGGAAAUUGACGAAGGCGAAAUACUAGAUCAUUUGCCAAAUUGGGCCAAUGGCUUAGAGGCAGACAAGAGGGAUGGACUGCGAGCCUCAGCUCUAGCAGAAGCAAAAAAGUCUCAAGCUCCUGCAGCAGCUACAAAGCCCUCCUGGGCGGAUAGCACAGAGGAAUGUAAACUGGUUCUGGUUGUGCGCACCGAUUUAGGAAUGACCAAAGGCAAAAUCGCGGCUCAGUGCUCUCAUGCCACGCUCGCUUGCUACAAGAACUUCUUACGAAACGACCCCAAGUCCCCGAUUCUGAGGCGCUGGGAACGGCAAGGGCAGGCCAAGGUGGCACUCCAAGUAAAGAGCGAGGAUGAAUUGGAAGUGUUACAGGCCACAGCAAUCAGCCUGGGACUCGUGGCAGAAGUUAUCGCAGAUGCAGGGAGAACCCAGAUUGCCAGUGGGAGCCAUACGGUGUUGGGCAUUGGACCAGCGCCGAAGAGUGUAAUCGACAAGGUUACGGGAACUUUGAAGCUCUUGUAG